AUGGCCUACGAAAAGGAACUGGAGAUCGCCCUCCUCGCCGUCCAACGCGCCUCCAUCCUCACAAAGUCCGUCUACUCGAGCCAUUCCAAAGGCACGCUCUCCAAGAGCGACUCCUCGCCCGUCACAAUCGGCGACUUCGGCGCACAAGCCCUCAUCAUCGCAUCAAUAAAGCACGCCUUCCCCGAAGACGAAGUCGUCGGCGAAGAAGACGCCAAUGACCUCCGCAACAACGACUCGCUCCGCGACCUCGUCUGGGACCUCGUACAAGCCGCGAAGCUCUCCGACAGCAGCGCAGAAGAAAAGAUCGGCGGACCCAUCAAGAGCGCAGACGCCAUGCUCGCAGCACUCGACCAAGGAAACAGCGAGGGCGGAAACAAAGGCCGUAUCUGGGCUCUCGAUCCCAUCGACGGCACAAAAGGUUUCCUGCGCGGUGGACAAUACGCCGUCUGUCUCGGUCUCCUCGUCGACGGCGUCCCCACCGUCGGCGUAAUCGGGUGCCCCAACCUCCCCGUCGACGACCAAGCCCCGCUCACCACAACCACCGGACAAGACGCCGACGACAAAGAAGGCAAAGGCGUGCUCUUCGGCGCUGUAAAAGGCCAGGGUGCUACAAGCCGCCCCCUCAGCGCCGGCGCCCUCACACAAGCCAACCCCAUACAAAUGAAGCCCCUCUCCGACGUCACCCAAGCCACCUUCUGCGAAUCCGUAGAAGCAGGCCACUCCUCCCAAGGCGACAACGCAGCCAUCGCAUCCAAGCUAGGCAUCACCAAGCCCUCCGUACGCAUGGAUUCGCAAGCAAAGUACUGUUCCAUCGCGCGUGGAGCGGGAGAUCUUUACCUCAGACUGCCGGUGAGCAAGACGUAUCAGGAGAAGAUUUGGGAUCACGCGGCUGGUGUUGUGUUGGUUCAGGAGGCGGGUGGUGAGGUUAGUGAUGCGUAUGGGAAGCCGCUUAACUUUGGUCUGGGCAGGACGCUUAGGGAGAAUAAGGGUGUUGUUGCCGCGCCUAAGGAUGCGUUUAAGCAGGUUAUUGAGGUGGUUAAGGAGGUGCUGUUGAGUAAGAAGGAGUAG